GCUCUCUCACAAUGGCACUUCAACUGACCUCCGCCUUUGUUCUUUUCUUCUCCUUCUUCACCGCGACAAUGGCGGCUUAUAAUGUGCUGAGCUUUGGCGCAAAGCCGGAUGGUCAUAGUGACUCUGCACCGGCUUUUUUGGAUGCAUGGAGUGAGGCCUGCGGCGACAAAGAGCCGGCGACUUUGGUGGUGCCGGAGGGAGACUUCAGGGUGAGCCAGGCUUUAUUUAAGGGUCCUUGUAACAAUGGCGACGUCCAGGUGCUCAUAAAGGGCAACAUUGUUAGAAACUCCGGAUACUGACACGCACCAGAGU